CAAUUUUACAAUGAAUUUGGGCGCUGCUUCUGUCUCUGUUCAUUUUUUAUGUAAGAUGAUAUUCAUGUGGGUGCACUGUGCGGAAACCUACUCACUCGACCAGUGCUCCCACUCACUCACUCACUCACUCACUCUGCAAAUCCAGCAUUCAGUCUGCACUAUCACACACACUGUGUGAGCCGAGAGCUUUCUGUCUUUCAUUCAUCCAAGUGAGGGCUGCUCACACUUUCUGCCUCUCGUCCUCCCUCUUGCUGGAAUAGCUCACUUUGUUUUUGUUUUCCCUCCGCGGUGCCUUUUGGUUCGGAGUAGUAGUGGAUGAUAUCAACAGAGCUACGUUUCUUCUUACCUCCGCGAUACUACGACGCUGGAGAGGAGUCGCUAGAGGACACGCGCAUCACGACGGAGAGCAGCGCGAGGGAGUUUUUUUUGUUGUUGUUUGUGUUUUUUUUAAAGGAGGGGACGGCGCGUUUUAAAACAAGAAAUAAACAAAAUAUCUGCAUUGAACAGGAGCGUUACCGCGGACGCUCCACCUGCCGAGACUCCCGUUACGUUUGGGCGGAUUUUACGGCACAGGUGCGUUAAAGGAUUAAAUACAGGCAGUUGGCGGAUGGUUGUCGGUUUCGUGGUGAGGAAUCACUGCCUCAGCGCAAGUCUCAGAUGAAGAUGAAGUCUGCGGGCGUCGUGGAUGGAGGCUUGUUCACAGAGAGCUAUUGUAACAUCUGCAAUGCCCAGCUCAUCUCUGAGUCCCAGCGCACCGCUCACUAUGAGAGUAAGAAACAUGCCAACAAGGUACGUCUGUUCUACAUGCUUCACCCUGAAGACGGAGGACCACCUUCCAAGAGACUGCGGCCAGAUAACCCAGACUGUGCAGAGACAGAAGUGGACAGGAACAAGUGCUGUACCUUGUGUAACAUGUUCUUCACCUCCGCCAUUGUGGCCCAGUCCCACUACCAGGGCAAGACCCACGCCAAGAGAGUCCGCCUUGUGCUGGGGGAGCCGCCCAGCCUACCCACAGCCAUGACCAGCCCUACAAACACAGAUUCGUCCCCUUCCACCCCGGUGCCCGCAGACCCCACUGCGUGUCCCCCUCCUCCCCCUGCCCUGCCCUGGCCCAUGGCGGUGGUCGGCGAAAAUGGCGGCAGAGAGGCCGGGAAGUACUGCUGCCUGUGCGGCGCCUGGUUCAACAACCCACUGAUGGCCCAGCAGCACUACGAGGGCAAGAAACACCGCAGGAAUGCAGCCAGAGCACGCCUCCUGGAGCAGCUCGCAGGCAGUCUGGAUGCCACGGAGAGCACAGGGCUGCGCAGUAGUUACUCCUGCAGUGUCUGCAGUGUGGUCCUCAACUCCAUAGAGCAGUACCACGCACACCUCCAGGGCUCCAAGCACCAGAACAACCUGAAGCAACACCAGCAGUAAACUACGGAGACAGGCCACCCUGGAAAGAAGAGAUGGAGUCAAAGAUUAUUGGAAUAAACAACUUCAGAAAGGAGGAUGGUCAGAAACCGAAGAGUAUGAGAAAAUAGUGCAGAGUAACUUCAGUGUGUGUGUGUGUGUGUCUGUGUGUGUGUGUGUGUGGUGUCAUGGACAUCCAUGCACGCAUCUGCAGCAUGCAUGUGUGGGUCAUUGUGAGUGUGUUUAUUUCUAUCUUUGAUCUAAAUAUCUGAGAUUUAUUCAGCACCCAAGUGUUUGAUAUGAGUUCUCGACACCAACAGCCAUCAGAAGACCUGCGACUGCAUCUUGCCAUAUAACUCCUGUGUGAACCACAAUCCUAAAAUUGAACUGAUGUCAG